AUGGCGGCGCAGGCCACGUUCACUCAGGACAGAAUUCAGGACUUUCUGACCACGGUGCGCGGCGCGCGGCCCCCGGAGGAGAGGCUCCGGGUCAGGGACCCCGACAGACCUACCUGCCCCGCUGGACCUCCUGGUCGGGUUUGGUUUUUCCUCCCGGGAGAAGUCAGUGUGGGACGGGGACCGGGACACUCAUCCACUGGGAGAACUUUCCACGCACAUUUCGCUCCGGGGAGCCACCAGAACCCGGAGUACCAGAACGGGGUCCAACAGACCCGUGUUGUGGACCCGAACCCUUCUGACUCCAAACGCUGCACCCUGAACGCAACACGACUCACAACAAGGACCCGGACGCAUCAACGGAACGCGUUGCAAAAAGAGUUAAAAAUAGAGGUCCCGGGUCAGCGUUAUGAGGCGCGGAACGCGGAGACGCAGCCUGGACCUCUCCGCGCCUCCUCAGACCAGCAUGGGCCAACCUUUAAGGACAAGAGGAGCCGCGAUGUGGGGGGGGAGGACGGGAAGAAGAACCCCCUUUUCCCAAUGAGUUCCUAUUUCGUAAACUCGUCCUUCCCGUUAUUACCGGGGACGGGCGGCGGCGGGCAGGCGGCCACGGCCGAGCCUUUCCUGGGUCAGAUCUCUCUGUACUCGUCGGGAUACGCUGACCACCCGCUCAGACACUACUCAGGUGCGGCGGCGGUCAGCGCGGCGGCGGCGGUGGCGUACCAGGACAAGCCCUACGCCGUGCCCUCCUACUACCAGCAGGCAGCCGGCGGCGCGCACGGCGCGCACCGCGCCGGCCCGGGGGGCUCCGCCGGGGCCGGGGCCUGCGACUACGCCACGGCGGCCGCGGCCGUCGCCGUGGCGGCCACGAACUUCUACCGGGACAAGGAGCACGCGUGCGGCCUGGACGAGCACCAGCUCGCGCUCAGCCAGGACGCCAUGCACCGCAAGCUGGAGUGCGCGGGGCUGGGGGGGAAGGGGCUGUUCGGGGAAGGCAUGGAUGACAAGCAGGCGCCGUCGGCCCCGAUCUACCCGUGGAUGCAGAGGAUGAACUCGUGCAACGGGACCUUUGGCAGCCCGGGCAGACGCGGACGGCAGACAUACACCAGAUAUCAAACGCUUGAACUAGAAAAGGAGUUUCACUUCAACCGGUACCUCACGAGGCGGCGGCGCAUCGAAAUCGCGCACGCGCUCUGCCUCACCGAGCGACAGAUCAAGAUCUGGUUCCAGAACCGGCGGAUGAAGUGGAAGAAAGAGAACAAGCUCAUUAACACUUCCUCUUCCUCCUCCUCUUCCUCCUCCACGGUUAACGGUACGGAUGAGGAGGAGAGGCGGACGGAGUAAAACCGGGACGGGACGCCAGUCAGAGGAAGAGGAGAAGAAGAAGAAAAAGGCAUGCCGGGUAAUCCUCCCCAUCUCCCUCUAGAUUUGUUGCCUGGUGUGGACAUUCUGUGGACAUUCUUCGGGGUGAAAAACGCAGAGCCCCGUGGCAUGAAGGCUGCUUUCCCCCCAUGCCCCCCCCCCCCCCCCCCCCCCCCCCCCCCCCCCCCUGGAGUCUAACAUGGAGGCUUCGGACAGUUUGCUCUGGGAGGGUUCCAGCUUCCUCCUCCGUCCGGUCAGGAAGGUAUUGAAUGUUCUGCCCAUAUUUCCGGCAGACCCGGAGCAGGGCUGCUUCCGUUCGGUCCGCACGUGAGCCGGUCCUUUUCCUUUUCCGGGGCUGCAGCCGCGUGAGCGCAUCCGUCUGUAAUAUUAAAAAACAGAAGGGCGCGGAGUGCAGGUGAGGCGGCGGGACGGUGCGCGUCCUGCUGGAGGCUGCGCACGGACGCGCGUUUGGCGCCUCUGUUUGUGUAGAACCACAAAAGCCCGAGUCUCUAAAUCCAGCCUGUGGGGACUUUGUGGGGAAUGGCCAGACUCGUACAUAUGAUGUAUUUUCAGUAUGCUUUGUUCGUAUUUACAGGACCGCAAUGAACUCACGGCACCCAUUUGUGAUUAUUGAGGUCUUUUCCUUCUGUGUAGUAUCGCAAUUUCAAGAAGAAAAACCCCCAGUAUGAAUUACCAUAGCUAGAGGAUUAAUUAGAAGUAGGCUAAUGAACCCCUAAAAAUGGGUUGAACAUAGUUUCAUCAUUCCAGAAAAACCGCCCAACUUCAUAUAUAUAGUUUAUUUUUAUAUCCUAAUCUUUUCCUUUUUGUUAAAUGUACAUGCGGUUUGGAGGCACUUGUUUUAAAGUUUGUUACUUGAUUAUUGUUCUGUUCUCGUCAGCUUCGUUUAUAAUGAUUGUUGUUGUGUAUUAUUCUUGCAUUUCUAUACGUGCAAACACAUUUUGCACACGUGGAACAUUACGGAACGGAAAUAUGUUGAAUAUGUAAGCUGUUUGGAAAUGAACGUUUCCAGAAAAGGUAAUGGGAAAAAUGUAUGUGGAACAAAAUGGACCUUUUCGGUUAUUCGACUUUUCCAGUUGGCUCUGUCAGUGGGGGGGUGGGCUGUUGGGUUUAACCUGCUGAUGUGAAUAUACAAACUACCUAAAAACUUCUAAAGUUCAGGAAUGCGUCUAUAUUAUGGGUUCUAUCCGAUUAUUGGUGUUUUUGUCAAGUAAAUAUGCUACCUAUGUCCAUUAAAAUGUAAAGGCAUUUCUGGU